AUGGGACGAGCACCGUGCUGUGCGAAGGUGGGAAUAAAGAAGGGGCGGUGGACGGCGGAGGAAGACCAUAUUCUCUCCGACUACAUUCGAUCCAACGGCGAAGGCUCGUGGCGUGCUCUACCCAAAAAUGCCGGGCUGAAAAGAUGUGGAAAGAGCUGUCGACUGAGAUGGAUAAACUAUCUGAGAACAGACCUCAGAAGAGGAAACAUAACUCCCGAAGAAGAUGACCUCAUUGUUAAGUUGCACUCUACUUUGGGAAACAGGUGGUCGAUAAUUGCGAGUAGUCUACCAGGAAGAACAGACAACGAAAUUAAAAACUACUGGAACUCUCAUCUCAGACGUAAACUCCACAAUUUCAUCAGGAAAUCAACGGUCACGAAUGUCGUCGACAAUGCUCCUCCCCACCACAACCACUCUCUACCGUCGCAAAAGCGUAGGCCCGGUAGAACCAGCAGAUCCGCCAUGAAACCAAAAUUUAUCCAAAGCCCUAAAAACCAGAAAAACACUAAAUCUCUAAAGGCAAAGGCAACCAAAAACGACGUAGUUUUGCCCAUUGCUGCACGAGGGAAUGAAGAGGGAGGCGAAGAAGACGCAUUAAAUGUGGAGUCAAGUAGUACCUUAAGUGGAGCCGAGGAGGCUGGUUUAGGACCAUGUUUCGACUAUGAAGACGAUGGUAAUUGUAACCCGAGCAUUAAUAGCGACAAUGGAGUUAUGUUCUUCGAUGACGACAUCCUUGAUACUUGUCUUUUAUCGGACGUGUUCUCACAUGAGUCGAACAAUACUGAAGACUCUGACUCCAAGAGAGGGUUCUCCACUGGGCACGAUAAUAACAUCGACGUGGUAAAUGAUACAGUGGCUGAUGAGUUUGUUGACUGGGACUUUGUUUGGAAAGAAGGUCAAAGCCUUUGGGAUGAGAAAGAGGGUCCUGGGUCGGUUUGGUCGUGGCUGUUAGAUGGAGAGAAAUUGGAAUCCGAGAUAAGCCGACAGAAGGAAUCUAACGACGAUAUUGAAGAACCGUUGGAUGUUGACGAGGAAAACGCGAUGGUUGCUUGGCUUUGGUCUUGA